GUUCAUUUCUCGAUUCGAACGCCCACCAAGAACGCACAACAUGGCCCUUACCGUUCUGUGAACACCACGGCUACAGUAUGAUGUUUCACCGUAUGUGUACCUGAAAGGGUAUCGUCGAUUUGGCCCGCGGAUGCGAAUAUUACUUAGAGGAAUAAGGCCUAGUAGUACCGGCGCGCGACACGAAGCUCCAUUGGAACUUGAUUAGACCCGGCGCCUGGUCACCAUAUCGACAACUCACUAAUUUCUUCCGGUUUCUCCUGUGUUUUUCCUCAGAAAUUCUCUGACUGCAAGCGAUGUUCCAGAUCCAGUCAGCCUGAGCUCUAUAAAAGCCGUUCGACCCUCGACUCCUUCAACAGAUAGUUCUAUCCUCGAUGGCUUCCCGUCUUGCCUCGUCGUUCUUUCAAUUCCUCUGUGUCGUGCUGACAUGUGCCAGCGUCUGUCGCGCCUAUGUUGGCCCUGGCACUGUCACCGGUGAUACUGAGACGCAUGAUCCUACCAUUUGUAAGGACAGUGACGGGAAAUAUUUCUUGUUCGCAACCGCUGUUGGUAUCUCAAUCACUACUUCCACGGACAGGACAGCAUGGACGUACCAGGGAUUGGUGUGGCCCGACGGUGCAAGUUGGACCGACGAUUACACCGGUACUUCCAACGGAAAUUUGUGGGCCCCCGACUGCUACUACGAUGGUAGCAAGUUCUGGCUUUACUAUGCAGCAUCCAGCUUCGGGUCCCAGGAUUCGGCUAUCUUCUUGGCAACUUCUACGACUGGUGCUCCUGGAACCUGGACCAAUAAGGGUCUAGUAACAUCGACUUCGUCUGGUGACAGUUAUAAUGCUAUUGACCCCAAUCUCUUCAUUUCUGGAAGCACCUGGUAUCUCAGUCUCGGAAGCUUUUGGACAGGUAUCAAGUUGAUGAAGCUCAGCUCAUCCACGGGACUUUCUUCCAGUUCUUCAGUUACGUCGUUGGCUGAACGUACGGAUGACGAUGGCGCCGUGGAAGCCAGCAGCAUCUACAAAUACGGGAGUUACUACUAUCUUUUCACGUCUUGGGAUAUCUGCUGUGAGGGAACGUCCAGUACCUAUAACAUCCGUGUUGGAAGGUCAACAAGCAUCUCCGGUACCUAUUACGAUCAAGAUGGCGUUUCUCUUCUUGAGGGCGGAGGAACGCUUGUAUUGGAGAGUCACGACAACAUCUAUGGACCCGGCGGUCAAGACGUUUACGAAGAUAGUGACGGUCCUAUUCUUGUAUACCACUAUUACACCUCAUCGGGCAGCUAUCUCGGCAUCAACCUCCUCGACUUUUCUACGGGCUGGCCAGUGGUCGCUUGAAGUUUAUAACAACGUUUGUUGGCGCAUACUUAUCUUUUAAUCAAAUUUUGAGAUACAAUUCAGCUUCUUUUUUAUGGAAAAUGAGCAACAUCUGAGAUCUGUGCCAAUGGUGAUACUGAUUCCCC